AUGUUGGCCCUCGAAACGCUUCGCGGUGUCAUGGCCGCCUUCAUGGCUGUGGAUCUCAUCGUCGUUUGUGUGCGCCUCUUUGUGCGCAUCAAGUUAACGACGCCCGGAAACGACGACUACUGCAUCGUCAUAGCCCUCACCGGCUUCAUCAUCAUGUGCUCCUUCGCUUUCGUGGCCCUCUCGUACGGCUUCGGUAUCAGUGACGCUGCGAAAAUCGCCACAUUCAGAGGCUACGAUCAGAUAAAAGCGUCCAAGUUCUUCACCGUCGCCCAGUUGACGUACGUCGCCAGCUUUCCCAUCGUGCGCAUCAGCGCGGCCAUGGUUCUCCUCCGCAUUGUCCAAGACGCCAAGCCACGCAUCAAGCACCUACUCGUGACAUCCAUUAUCGUCAUCGUUGUCUACUCCCUGGGCUGCAUUCUGGUGGACGCGCUGCAGUGUAUCCCACUAAAAACCGCAUGGGGCGACGGCACGGGGAAGUGCAUCUCGUCCCAACGCUUGGCGGGCUUGGCCUUUGCCGUGUCAGCCCUGGAUAUCGCAUCGGCACUGUUUUACGCCGUGCUACCAGUAUUCUUGCUCAAGGGCUUGCAGAUCGGCCUCAGGACCAAGCUCGCCAUCAUAAUACUGUUGGGUCUCAGUGUGGUGACUGUUGUUAUCAGUAUUGUACGACUCAGGAGUUUGAUCCUGAUAGUCAAUACCACUAGUGUUUCAACCACUUUAUCGCUCGAACUGGAGUCUUUUGUCUUCUCUGCCCUCGAGCUCGGUAUAUCGAUCUUGACUGCCUCCUUGGUAGCUCUUCGCCCCCUCCUCAAGUACAUGCCGUUUGGCAGUCGUGGGCGCAGCUCAGGUGCUCGAGGUCGCUCCGCCCCAUACGGAACCAGCGGACUAUGUACCAGCGGCCCGGCGGAAUUUGAGAUGGGUCAUCGCCUUCAUAGCGAAGUCGCAGACGCGAAUAGUGACGACGCCGAGAGUCAGCGAGAUAUAUUGCGAGAAGAUGGAAACAACGGGGUCUGGAAGCGCUCCAAGGUUUCCGUAACUUACGAAGCAAAGCCGAAGGAUGGUGGAACAUAG